GGCGCACGUUCAGCUUCUCUCUUCACUCCGCUUCCGAGGCUCUUGGAGGGAGGACGGAUAAACGCUGCUGACGGUACCGGAUUUGGUAUCUAAAAGGAAGGAGGGAUGCUUCGGUGAUCUCCCUCUUUUCUCUCCCGACACUCACCUCCUCACCACCACCGCUCCUCAUCACUUCAAUUUCGGAACAUUAUCGAGUCGCAGAACAGCUCUCCCUGUCAUUUUUUUACCAUCUGUGUUUUGUUUUUAUAUUCAUCUUUAAACACGCUUGGUUGGUUUGGUGUUUGCCUCUGCGCUCCAGCGGAUAAAAAACAAAAGAGAACAUUUUGGGUUUGAGGAGACUUGGCUCUGCUUUCUGUAUUUUUUUACCUCCUCUUCUCCAAGCGCACAAACAGCAGAAACUGGGUGUUCAUUCAGUGGAUGUGUUGGACAUCUGAUCAAAGAAGCAAUACUAUUUGAGAGAAGUGAAUCGCUGGCUGCUGGCUUGUAUGCGCUGGGGAAAUUUCCUUGGAGAGACGGGCUGCGCACGGAGUCUCUCACUUCCAAGGCAGAUCUGUGUUACCGUGCAGAGGAGAAAACCUUCAACGUAUCCGACACCAGUAAUGAGCUAAAGGCUUCGCGAUUAAGGGAGACAAAGAAAAAGAAGAAGAAGAAAAACGAGGUGAAGAAAGGCAGUGACGUGAAAGCCGGUGAUGAAUAUCUGCACCAAAAGGCCCCAUCUCAGCUAACAAACUAGGAAGUUCAUCAACAACAUUUUGUUAGCAUAAACGGGAUAUCACCUCAGUGGGAGCGGCGCUCCACUGAGAGGAACCUGAAAGUAUUGCACAGAGUGAAGUGCACGGUUGCUCGGCUUGGGCAAGAUGGCGAUGCUGAAGCGGCACGGGCUCGGGCUGAUGAUGAGGGCCUUCCUCGUGUUGGUUGGAGUUUCUGCACUCUGUGGUGUUGCAUUAGCAAUCAGAAAAGGAAAUGCUUCUUUGGAUCAAAGGGGCCACAGACACAGGCAUCCAGGUCACUUGUCACUGCAUAAACACAGACAGAGGGGAGGGAAGGAAGGGCAGGUACUACACAGGUCCAAACGAGGAUGGGUCUGGAAUCAGUUCUUCGUGAUUGAGGAGUACACUGGACCUGAUCCGGUGCUCGUGGGCAGGCUCCACUCAGACGUAGACUCAGGCGAUGGCAACAUCAAGUACAUCCUGUCCGGGGAAGGUGCUGGGACGAUCUUCGUUAUUGAUGACAAGACGGGCAACAUCCACGCCACAAAGACCCUGGACCGCGAGGAGCAGGCCCAGUACACUUUGACAGCCCAGGCCGUGGACAGAGACACUAAUAAGCCGUUGGAGCCUCCAUCGGAGUUCAUCGUGAAAGUGCAGGACAUCAACGAUAAUCCUCCUGAGUUUCUCCAUGGACCGUACUAUGCCAGGGUGCCUGAGAUGUCCAAUGUUGGUACGUCAGUGAUGCAGGUGACAGCAACAGAUGCUGAUGACCCCACCUAUGGAAACAGUGCCAGACUGGUAUACAGCAUCCUGCAAGGGCAGCCAUAUUUUUCUGUGGAGCCUCAGACAGGUAUAAUUCGCACCGCAUUGCCAAACAUGGACCGAGAGGCUCGCCAGGAGUAUGAUGUGGUCAUCCAGGCCAAAGACAUGGGUGGUCACAUGGGUGGGCUGUCGGGGACCACUGAGGUCAAAAUCACCCUCACAGAUGUCAACGACAACCCCCCAAAGUUCCCACAGAGUGUAUACCCAAUGUCUGUAUCAGAGGACAAAGUGCCAGGAGAGGAGGUGGGCCGUCUGAAAGCCAAAGACCCUGACCUCGGAGACAAUGGACUGGUGAACUACCGCCUAAUAGACGGCGAUGGAAUGGCCAUGUUUGAACUGAGCACCGACUCUGAGACCAGAGAGGCUGUUAUCAAACUGAGGAAGCCAGUGGACUUCGAGACUAAACGGUCGUACACUUUGAAGGUGGAGGGAUCCAACCCUCAUAUUGACCCUCAGUUCCUCGCUUGGGGGCCUUACAAGGACGAGGCCACAAUAAAGGUAUCAGUGGAGGAUGCAGACGAGCCCCCUGUGUUUAUAGCUCCCAGUUACACUUUUGAGGUAGAGGAGAAUGCGCCCGAAGGCACCCUGGUGGGACGAGUCCAUGCCAAGGACACUGAUGCUGCCAAUAAUCCUGUUAGGUACUUGAUCCAUCAGUACACAAAUUUAGAGAAUUUCUUUAGCAUCAACUCAGAAGACGGCAUGAUCACCACGACGAGACCACUGGACCGAGAGGCGCAGGCCUGGCAUAAUGUGUCGGUGUCUGCCAUAGAGAUAGGUGGCUACCACCAAGAAGCCAAAGUGCGUGUCAACAUCAAAGUGAAAGAUGUGAAUGACAACCCCCCAGAGUUUGCGACCAACAAUGAAGUCCUCAUGUGUGAAACUGUGGCACCAGGGAAGGUCAUCGAAACAGUCAGCGCCGUGGACAAAGAUGAGAUGGCUCACAGACAACACUUCACAUUCAGCCUCGCUCCAGAAGUCGCCCACAACAACAACUUCUCCCUCAAAGACAACAGAGACAGCACAGCCAGUAUUUAUGUGCUCCGAAAAGGAUUCAGCCGUCUGACACAGGAUGUUUACUACCUUCCCAUCGAGAUAAACGACAACGGUUUGCCGGCUUUGAGCAGCACCAACACCCUGACCAUCAGAGUCUGUUCCUGUGACAGUAAAAACACCAUCCUCUCCUGUAAUGUCGAGCCCUACGUCCUGCCGGCUGGCCUCAGCACCGGGGCGCUGAUAGCUAUACUGGCCUGUAUUGUCAUUCUGCUGGCAAUAGUGGUGUUGUUUGUUGCACUGAGGCGUCAGAAGAAGGAGCCUUUGAUAGUCUUCGAGGAGGAGGACAUCAGGGAGAAUAUCAUCACGUAUGACGACGAGGGAGGUGGCGAGGAGGACACGGAGGCUUUCGACAUCGCUACGCUGCAGAACCCAGACGGUGCCAACGGUUUCCUGCCAAGAAAGGACAUCAAACCAGAGCUUCAGUAUCCCAUCAGGCCCGGCACUGGCCGUCCGGCAGCCAACAGCGUUGAUGUUGAUGACUUCAUUAAGACUCGCAUUGCAGAGGCCGACAGCGACCCGACUGCACCCCCUUACGACUCCAUUCAGAUCUACGGAUAUGAAGGCAGGGGAUCUUUGGCUGGGUCGUUGAGUUCCCUCGAGUCUGUCACAACAGAGUCUGAUUUGGAUUAUGACUAUCUGCAGAGUUGGGGGCCGAGGUUUAAGAAGCUGGCAGAUUUGUACGGGACCAAAGACUGCUCCAUUCAUGAUGGGGAAGAUGGUGAAGACUCUUAACAGUGGUCUCACUGAGUGGAUUUCUGUUUUACUGAUUCCGUGAGGUUUUGUUACCUGAGGGUUAACACUCCUCGAUGCCCAAUUGUUACCAACCACGACCUGAUCAGUUCAUGCCAAUUUGUCAAUGGACGUUAACAGCUCUCCCUCCUGUGGCGCCUCCUUGGUCCUCCAAGAUGAUUUGUUAAUGAACACAUAAUGAACGCUUGGACUCGAACCGCUCCCAGCUUUUCCCAAGUCUCUCCUUUCCCUCCUAUGUCUCUUUCCAGCUCUCUUUCUACAGACUGAGCAUCGCAGGGCUGGGAGGUUUGUUAUGUCACCAGUUUGUUGGUUUGAAAGAAAAUUGUUGGGGGGAAAAAAAUGUCGCUGUAUGAUCAAAAUGACUUGUUUAUAGCUAACUGUUUAGUUUAUUAGAAGUUCUAUAUACUUUUGUGGACUGGAUUCACAUACUUCCUUAAUGGUUCCUGAGUGGGGUAUACUUCCCUUGGUUACUCUCUUCAUGGUGUAUGUAAAGAACACGUAGAAAGAGAGAAGGAUAAAAGGAAAUUUAAAGUGAAGGUUAGUAUGGGAUUCAGCAACUGCCUGAUGUUAUGAAAGAGAAAUAAAAGGUAAUGAAAGUGUCUCAGUAGGAUCAAACAGUUGAAACAAAACUCUUUUUCAAAUUUCUUGUUGUGUGUGCCGAAUUCAGCAGGUGCUGUGGUUUAGAUAGCGUGAAAGACUCUGGGUUGUUGAUACUGCGAAGACGCUUGCAGCAUCUUCACAGUAUGGUGGCCUUAUAAUAAAUAAACAACAACUCCAGGGGUAAACACAACAAGUGUAACGACAGAGACCGCUAGCUUCAGUAGCCACACACAGACCAGGACUGAGAACCUGUGAAAAUGCUACACAAAAACCUUCUUUUUUCCCCUCACACUCCCAAAAAGAGACAGACCCCACAUGGAUUCAAUUUAAAAACUGUGGAUGAUUCUUUGUUGUCAUUCUUCACUGCAGAGAAGACAUGAAAAGAGAAGCUGCCCUUCUCCACUCACCCCCCCGUGUCCCCAUUCCUCUGAUUAGCAAUCACCUCCCAUACCGAGUCCACCAAUGAAUGAUCACUUCCUCAUUCUGAGUCCAUCGACGAUGAUCAAUCACAACGAGUAAAAACCUGUGAGCUCUAAAAAUCGCCUUAAACUUAAUGGACACUCUUGCAACGCAGUGCAUUCUCUUUUUUUCUCCUUUUGUUUCUUUUUGUAACUUGAAAAGUAUAUUCAGAAAGCAGACUAUUCUCCAUGUUAGGUAUGUACAGAGCAGACAUGUGCAGACGUGUGAUAUACCACUUUGAGGAUCCAUCUUGCACCUCGUGCGCUCACUGAACAGGAUGUGCCGUUUCUGCCAGCGUGAUAAAUGCAGAUUGGGAAAGCGUGCAUUGUGUUCUUUUCCCCAACACCAGCUAUGUUGGCAGCAACAUCUGUUGUAUCAACACGUGUUGCUUUUUAAACAUAAAAUGUGCACAAUGGAAAAGAACGCGAGGCGUCUCUUCUAAAGCUGCACAUACGGAGAGGCUGAAACCAGCACAUCCUGUCUGAGUGUGUAGAUUCUUGUUCAAUCUCUUUUUUAAUGUUAUUAUAUUAUUAUGAUUAUUAUGGUUGGGUUUUUUAUGAUUAUUAUUAUCAUUAUUAUGACAAGAAUUGUUCUUUCUUUGGCUGCAGCUACACAGGAACAAAUUCAUGUUUAACUCUUUGCAGUUAGGAUUCGAUGUUCUUAUGGGUGUCUGAACACGGAGAGACGACUUACUGACUGCCAAAAGUUAAAUAUCAGCUUUGGUUUAUGCCUGUGUGAACACAACCUCUCACAUUUCUUUUCUAUUCAUUUCUUUUUUUUUCCAUUAUUUGGCGUUUCUUCGUUCUUUCUCCCUGUUCAAGAGGAAAACUAGCAAUCUGUGUUUGUUGCAGUGAGAGAACGCCUCGUUUUUAUUCUCUGUCAAGUUUUAUGGUACCGAUUUGUACAAUUUUAAAAGUUCUUAUUUUAGUAUACAUGCAGAAUAUUCCAGUAUUACAACAAAAACAUGUUAAGAAGAUAAGAUUAAAAAAAAAAUGUUACAGCAUCACACUUAUAUUUUCUGAACAUUGUACUGUUGCUUUACUAUGUGCUUCAAUCUCCGAAGCGAAAAAAAAACAACUUUGAAAUAAAUGCUCUUUUUAUAAAAUGACA